UCCUUCGUCUCCCACGAGGAAGGUUCCUUAGACGACAGCUCGUACCUGUCGGGGUUACGAAGCAUCCGCGGCCGCCGCUCCUACAAGCCGCUUAAAGAGAUGACGCUCCGGCACGUCACAGCCAACCGCAGCGCCAACAAGUCCGCUGCCAAUGUGUCUGUAAAUGAGCAACCAGCGCGUCCUACUGGCACAGUCGUGGGCCGCAAGCGCAAACCAGAGGCCGAAGACAGCAUUGAAAUCGCCUCCGAGGCUGGAGAACUGCUUGGUUCUGCGCACAGCAAGCGUAUGCGACUGCUGGAGCGACUUACGCAUUCCUUCCGUAGGACUACUAGCACGCCGCUACCGGCGAGACGGGCUGCAGAGAUCGUAGGCAUCAACACAGACUUACCCCUAACGGCGCCUGUAGCGUCUCCCACUACCUUCGACCCCGAAGCCCUUAAACCGGCGCCCGAAGACCACGCCCCCGGCCCCGCCCCUAUUGCCGUCCCGCUCGCACACGCCGAGCCCGAGCGAGACAACAAGAGGUGCGUCGUCAUGUAAGGUGAGGCUCAACAAUUAAAAUGAAGUAACGUUUAUUGUAACAAAUUAUUAUGUCACGAUUGUGUCAUUGAUGUCAGUAGAUUUGUGUGACGUAUACGUGCGUGACCUUGUCACGAGUGUAAUAUUUGAACCAAAUGGUUUUGAAACUUUACUGGAAAUGAACUGCGUCAUUUUAAAUGACAGGCAACUUAAAAUUUAAAGAUAUUUGAGUUUUUUUUAAAUACCACGGCUUUUUCAACGUUUCUGUCUAAGGCAUUUUUGUCCAAAGACUAUUGUAUUGUUUAAUGGUUAAAACCAAUAUCGGUAUAACGGUAAUCGGUACAAAAACGUUACUCGUUAUAAAUGAAACUUAGUGUGAAAUGUCCAAUUUGAAGAAAUAGGAAUGAAUUUGGAUUUAUAGAAUUGAAAAAUGCAAAUGGAUGUAAUAUAGUUCAAAUAGGCUAUACAUAGAAGUUAAAUACAGGUUAUAAGGGUGGUUAACUUGACGAGCGAAUGUAAUAUUUUCUAUUAGGUUAUUUCGAAUAGGUCUUUAAAAUCUUUAAAAAAUACUACUUUAAAAACUACGUCGGAACUUAUCAAGUUUGCAAUUUUUCUACUUACAAAUAAUUCAAACCUAUAACUUUUGAUUUCUCACCUUUAAAAUGAACUUUAUGUAUCAAAAUUAUUAUUCGUUUAAUUUGGGAGGUUGUGAUCUAAGAAAAAGGUAUGAUUUAUAUUUUAGUUUAAUUCGCUCGUCCUGAUAACAGUGUAAUGCAUUUGCAUCGUCUUUUACUGUGCAUUUUGUACAUACGUAGACAUAGUUCUUAAACACAUUGAGUAAAAUCUACAUUUUUUCAAUCAUUCUCCCAAAGUUUUGUUUUUAUUUUUCAUCGAAUCAUAUCGAAUAUUGUCUUCGUUUGAAAUCACGUGAUAAAAGUAUUAUUUGGUUAUUCGAUAGAUUUUACUUUAUGAGUUUAAGUUAGUGUUAGUUUCGGUUAAACAAUAGUUUAAACAUUAUUUUCGGUUCCCAAUAACUUUGCAGGUCUGUCUUUAGUUUCCAAAAUAUCCAAAAUUGAAUAAAAUAACAUACAGUGUGAAAUAAAAUUAUAUUUCUUAGACACAAGCUAAAUGUAUUAUACCUUAAUGUUAGUUGCACUGCUAAGCCCAUACAGAAAGUUAUAAGUUUUCUUGUUCAGUUAAACUUGUAAAAAUAAUCUAAUGCGUGUGAGAGACACUUAAAAACAUAACCUUUCUUCUGUCGUAGUCGGGUAAAAACACCCAGUUGUUCUAUGAAGUCUUUGUUACUCUGACAGGUUAUUGUGAAACUGUUGCAAUGUUCAAAUUAUUGUUUCUCAGUCGGCCUGUACGCUGUACAGCGCUGUUUUAACCCACGACCGUUUUUUAUUUUAUCAGAUGACUUAAUAAACAUGUUUUGUAUUUGUGUAUGAAAAAAUACUUAUAUUCUGAAGGCUUACUCCAUCCAAUUUGGAUGCACAGACAGCGGUAUAUCAAGCAUUGUUAUUUCCUGUGAGGUUUUAAAAGGUACGAUUGCAACAAUAUUGUUCUGUAUGAGGACUGUGCGACGGGCGCCCGCAGUGAGUGUGCGAUCGCGACAGCAACAUAAUUACGCGCGAGCGAUAAGGAUGGGUAGCUUGGGGUCAUUGGACAAAAUUCUACGUGCUCACGGACCAGGCUUUAGUAUAUUUUUUCUAGAGAAACAAAUACAAAACAAGUUUAAACAUUUAGCUGUAAGAAUUAUCGCGCCAAAGCGGUAUUUGUUUUAUCACUAUAACUAAUUAAAGAUAUACAGAGAUAUUAUGUUGUGCGAAUCGCACUGGAUCGUGUAAGAAAUAUAUUUUGUAGAAUAAACCAAAUCAAAGAUUUA